GAACUGGCUGUCGGCCGACGACUCAUACGAUUCGGCCGCGAACAGGUCGGCCACAGGUUACUUCUUUCUUGUGAAGUGAUCGCACAGGAAGAAUACGAUGAGUUGGACAUCGUCAUCUCGUGCGUGUAUCGUCAGGAGACGCGCGACUGUUGGUUCACUUCUGUGGACGUCAUCUAUCUCCUUGAACGUCUCUUAGGCGGCCCGUUCUCUGUUGAAGAGAAAAAUCGUAUCCGACGGAAUCUCGAAGGGUUCAAGCCGACGACUGUAUCGAAGAGUAAGGCUGGAUUCGAGAUGUUCUUUUCUCGUAUCAUGGACUUUCCCCCUCCCAAGCCCCGGAAUAUUGAGAAGGACGUGAAGGUGUUCGCGUGGACUUUACUAUCACCUGCAUUGGAAAAAAUUAUUUCGAAAUAUGUGUGUUGCUGA